AUGUUAGGAGCUCAGACGAUGGCAGCCAAGGACGAAAAGUCGACACGUGGAAACGAUGAAGAAGCUCUUCGCAAAGAGGUCACCAAAAAUGUUCGCGGGCUUCUUUUAUCCGUGCAAAAUGGACUCACAGUGGCAGAGAUUCAGAGAGAUUAUAAAUGUAUGAUCGGAAAGCCGUUUCCAUUUCGUGAAUUGGGUCACAAUACUCCGUUAGACUUAUUAAAAGACUUGUCAGAUGUUGCUCGACCAAGUUGGGAAAAUGGCGUGUUGGUUCUUCGAGGUGAGUGUUGCUGAACCAUCUUAGCCUUUUGUUUUAGUACCCCGAGUAGUAAAGUAACAUUUAUGUGCUGCAACAUUCCAAGUUAAGUCUUGAAUGAAAGGUUUUUUAUCCUCUGCACAAUUUGAAGAAUCGCCGAGUGCUUGAAUGCUCUGGUCGUGGAAACAUGGGUUGCCCAGCUCUCAAAACCGUAAUUUACAGUGAAGUCUUCUUUAUCAGUUGCUAUGAGCAGCAGGUUACGUUGUUUUGCUUACCAUCUGAUGUGAAUUUGUUCAGGUCAUUGAACUGGUUUCAAAAUAGCGGCAGCAAUAAUCAAUAAUAUUAGCAUAUUAUAGACAAUUUUGUAACAGCUGGGUUACUGUUUGCAAUCUUUAAAUGUGUUAAGUAGUAAAUUUUUAGAAGAACUGUGCUUUCUAAUUGUACAAAUAAACAUUGUAUGACAUAUUUCUCUAGUAAUCUAUUUCUCUGUUUAUCUGUUUUCAAUCAGGUAUUCCUGAUGCUACUACAAGACACAUAGCUCGUUUAGUUGCCAGGCAAAAGAAAAGUUCUCCCAGGAGAAAGAAACGUCUCACCUCAUAUCAACCUGAGCAAACACCAGUUCUACCUCACUUCAUAAGAACACAAAUAAAAGAACUUCUGACUGGUUAUCCAUCAGGGUUACUUGGCUCCAUGUUUGCUGCAGCUUUUAAGCGAAGGUUUGGUGAGGAAAUUAACUAUAAAAGAUUGGAAUUUAAAUCACUUAAUCAGCUUCUGGAGGCAAUCCCUGAUAUAGUGGAGAUUGAACAUAUGCGAGGAGGAGGGUUCAGAGUGUAUGGCAAAUGCUUUGAAACAGAUAAUUCAGGUAAAAUAUAAGCUAGAAAAUGGUGAAAUAUUUCUAUUGAAGUAGUACAUGGGGUAUUAUUUAUAAACUCUUUAGGACCUAAGAUUAAUAUUGAAAGAGAAAUGGAAUCAUUUGUCUCAAGAUUUGGUCAUUUUGUUUGGAUGUGGAUCGCAAUCCAUAUCCAAAGUGACCAUUGUGAGACAAAUGAUUACAUUCCUCCUGUGGAAGUGUUAUUUACCACAAUGACUGAGCAAAACCUAUUUUACUAUAAUAUUAAUUUUCUCCAUACUGUUCUCUUUACAUUUCUGAAGGAACUGAUAAAGAUAAUUUGUUUGGCAAUCAGGAGGUGCUUAAAUUGGUGAUCAGUUCAUUUUUUCCUUGCAAUGUUUACAUUAGAUUCAAGAGCAAUAUUGUAAGAAGAAAUUAAAAGCUAGUCUCUUUGGGUUUUAAAGUUAGGCUUUUUGUUAUGAAAUCAUUAAUUACCUAUGAUAAGAAGUUAACAGUUGUAAAUUAAGGUAUUUUUAGCCAUGGCAUCCUAAAUUUGAGCAAAGCCAAGAAAAACUACUUUCAAUAAGUGAACAAAUUUGAAAACGAGAUGAUUAAAGGGAAUUUGCACAUGCACAUUCAGGUAUCUGUAGAAACAGAAUUUGUGGAAUUACAAGAGUUGUAUUUUAUUUUUGUAGUGUCUUAAGUGUCUUUACUGUCAAUUACAGACUCAAAUUUUAUACGUAAUGCAAAUAAAAUAAAGUGAAUGACCAGUUCCCUUAGGAGUGAAAAAAGAAAAAGAACAAACAUACUCACCCCAUCAGGGAGAUAAAUUUGGGUUAGGGAGGAAAGCACAUUUGACACCUGUGUUGCAAUAAAUUAUGCUUUACUAGAAGUGUUCUUUUUGUAGAUAAAGCACCUGAUCCUGGUGUUAGCUUUCCUGUCAGAACCAACAGUGCUUCAACUGGUAAGAAGCAUCCCACACCAAAUGGCAAAACAGGAGGCAAGCCUUCCAAAACAAUUCAGCAAUCUGCUUCUUCAAUUAAAGCCCAGUUUGACAGCAACAGUACAAUUAAUAAAAAAUUACAGCAGGAGUGUAUACAGGUAUGUGUGGUUAUCAUAUCUCCCAGGCAUGUUCCUUGCAAUAAUGGUUAUUUAUUGUGGCAACCUGUCUAUUUGUUAAUUUUAAAGCUAAUAUUACGGAAAUAACUUGUUCACCUUUUUCCUUUGAAGGUAUUAGCUAGACGACCAAAUGGUAUAUGGGCUGCCCGAUUUCCAAUAGAAUACAAGGUGAAAACCAUUCCUGGAAAUUUCAUUAUUUCAGUGUUUGAUUUUUUUGAAAAUCUGGUGAAUUUGUGCUGUAUAACAGUUAUAAAAAAGGCUAGAGUGUAUUAUUUCAUCACAGCAUGUAGAAAUGUGCUUUAAUCUGCUUAUUAAUUAUUAAAUGGUUUGGAUCUAAAUUCACUUUUCAGAAUCUCCAUGGCAAGGAGCUGAAUAUCAAACAGUAUGGAUUUAUGAGUGUUGUGGAAUUUGUGGCUGCAAUGCCAGAUGUUGUAAGAAUAGAGAGACCCACAAAGGUGGACUGGCUUCUUCUCCUUGCUAAAAAAGGUAAAUGCAACUCUACGAAAUGAACCACUUUAAAGGUAAAAUUAUCUGGUAUACAGCUACACACAUUAUACUUGUUGAUGAAAAUUGAGCAACAUGGGUUCGAUUUAAGAAUGGGCAUCUGGCAACUUGUCAAUAUUAUGUGGUAUUAGAAUGGCGUCAGUCAUGUGAAGUUGGUAACCUAACAGCAGUUGAGACAAACCAGCCAAGUGGUUAGAGUACAGUGCCAUAAAGUGCACUCCAUUUGAAUGAAUUAUUUGCUCUAGUUGAUUGAUUUGCUCUAGUUGAUUGAUUUGCUCAGCCUCUCUAAGUUUUGCACUGUAAACACUGCUGAGAGUAAACAAAUAGGAUUAGCAAUCAACUCACUAGUAUUAGUAUUAGUGUUAUAAUUAUUCAUAAACUCCCUGGUUUAUGAAUAAUUAUAACAUGCAGUUUUCAAAUCCAACCCUCCCUUUCUGUUUCUGGUAGUAGAUUAUUACUGAUUGCUUACAGUACACUUUAACUGAUAGGAUAGUCAUUGUAAGUAGCCAUAUACAGAAUUGAUAGGACAUUUGGUUAGCAGCUAUUUGCAAGGACUUGAGAUGCUAACAUGUUCCUAUCUUAUAUGCUUCACAGUGAAAGAAGAUCAUACACAAGCAAAUGGUGUAGUUCCUGUAAGUCCUGCUCCAGUUGAAAUGCACAAAGAGCCUGUCUCACCUUGUAUCCCUGGUAAUCCACUGAACCUACCUGAUGGAGUAGGCAGGGGAGUCUACUUUUCAAAAAUAACAGUCCCAGAGUGUGGAUUUCUUGAAGUCUCUGUCACACACAUCAUUGAUCCACACCAUUUUUGGGUUAUGCUGAUUGAGAACUGGCCAGCACUGAGAGCUUUGACUGAAGAAAUGAAGUAGGUUUUUUUUAAUGCUAGAUUAGCUAUCCUCCACUCACUGCCUAGUUUGGUAACACAGAUUUCUUGGGACCAAAAGAAGACAAACAGUAUUUUAUUUAAUUUUAAGUUGGGAAAAUUGAGGAUUAUAGAAAUUUCAUGUUUCAUGUUCUUAUUUGCAGACAAUUCUAUUCAAGUCGAGAAAGUGCACAUUACAAGAUGCCUGGUUGGUUUGUCUCAGUUGGCCAGGUAGGUGUAGCCUAAAUCAAAAAUGUUUUUAUGAUAGAAUGAUUAUUGAUAAUCUAACCUUACUACAGAGUUGAAAACCACAGUAGUGCUGUACACUGAAUUUUGAUAGUGUUUUUUCUUUUGAAUCAGAAUGUUUCCAAAAGUUCAUGACUCAAAGCAACAUUAUUUAUUAAGACAAUUUGUGAUAAAGAGUACCCAUCUCAUAAGUGCAGUUUUCAAGGUUAUUGCUUGUUUUAAAUUUACUACCAGGCCUGCUGUGCUCUGUAUGAAGAUGGUUCUUGGUACCGCGGUCUGGUUGUUGGUAUACAGUCUGUGGACAGCAUAGAGGUAUAUACCAAUUCAAUUUUGAAACUUGGAUCCUGUAGUGUGACUGUUAGAGUAGUCUUGACACCCUUUGUGAAAGUCAUCGUAAAGUAAAAGUUGUUUGUGAGGGCAGCAAUUAUUCCAUUACUACGUCAUUUUACCUAAUAAGGUCAUGAGAACACACAAAGUAUACCACGGUAUUACACUGUACACUGUAACAAAAUGGUCAUACUAAAAAAUGAAAUGAUAGUAAAGUAUUUCAUAUAAAUCCCUUAUUCAAUGUUUAACAUAUCAUAUGAGCACACAUUUUGCUCAUUGCUAGUAAUUUUCCUGGCCCAUUCUGGGUUCAGAAAAAUACCGUGCAACUUGCAAAAUAUCGGGACUUAUUACAUGUUAAACCAUCAAUUAAGGUGUAUGAAAUUCAUUUAUGAAUUAAUGUGAAAUCAGCAGUUCUAAGGUACCCAUUUAGAAGUGUCCUUUUCUUCUUCCUGUUAGCUUUACCUUUCUAUUGUGAUACUGUCAACAGGUUUUCUAUGUGGAUUAUGGAAAUAAAGCAAGGUUGCCAUUGUCAAGUCUGAGAGUGCUAAGGUGAGCCAAACAGUAGAUAGACUCGUGUUUCAGUUUUCAAAUUUCAUUUGAUGACUUCUAUGUAUGCAUGCGACCGCAGUAAUUAUUUUACUUCUCACUUGGUACACUAGAUAAUUGUAACCAAGAAGGUAAUUUAUAAAAUGUGUUAACAGGAUAUUGAUUUAUGUUUUCAGGUCACAAUUUAUCAAACUUCCAGCGCAAGGACUUCCUUGUAAAUUAGCUCAUAUUCAACCUUUUGGAAGGGUAAGUUAAUGUGUACUGUAAGUUUUGGUGGAAACUCGUGGUUAGAAACAGUGAAAAACAUCUUUUUGUAGAAACUUUGAACACAGAAUUUUAGUAUUAUAUUGGAAUUUUGUGAGCAUUGGAGAAUUGUUCGUCAUUGUGUGGAUUUAUCUUGUCAGAAGAGCUGUUACAUGCUGUAUGCUCAUUAUGAAGCAGUUUUUAUUUUUUAUAUUUACAUUUCAUUUGUGGGAAUAAAAAAAGUGAUUGUCAUUGUACAAUUUUGAAGCUCCAGUUUCAAUUCUGUUGAUGGAAAUAAGAUUUCUUGAUAUCAAGUAGUUUGAGUUUUUAUCACGAAUACAUUUUUUUCUGAUUCUGGUUUAGGCUAAAGAAUGGUCACCUGGUUCUACCCAUAAGUUUUAUCAUUUGACAAAGAACUAUAAACAGCUGGUAGCACUUGUUUGUGGUAUUAAGGUAAAAAUACUAGUAUAACAAAAUAUGAAUAUUUUUACUACAGACUUCUUAAAGUAAUGGUAAUCAUGAGAUGUGAUAUUUAUUAAAUGUUCAGAAGAAAUCUUCCUAAGGCCUGGGUGCUGGAACUUAAGGCCAUCAGUAAGAUUUAGUUGCACCUGUGUCAGUUGUUCUUUUAACAAUAGAAAGAGAUUUUAAUUUCAGGGAAUCUAUUGUAAGGGUUUCUUCUUGAUAGUAGUUUCUGAAAAAUGGUAUGUCAGUUUUUGUUACUUCAGGGAAGGAGCUAUGUUUGGAAACUAUUACUUCACAAACUUGUAACAUCCCUGCAUUAUUUGAAAUGUUAUUAGUUUGUGAUAGUUAAAAUAUUUUUUUUAUCCUAUAGGAAGGUACAAUGUGCCUUUGCUUGUGUGACACUAAUGCUCCAGAAGACCUUCAUAUCAAUGAUGAACUUGUAAAAGCAGAUUAUGCUGAUUUUGUUCCUGAUAAAUCUCCCCAAUCUUCAUCUCCUGAUGGACAGGUAUUUAUUAAAAUUAAAUAUAUUUUCUGGUAUGCUUUUAUAGUUUAUACUUUUGAAAACAUCUUAAAUGACAUUGUGUAUCAGCCAGGGUGUUCUUCUAAAUAAAAAACAACAUGAGAACAACUUUUUUAGGCAGAAUGGUAAGAUGUAUCAUAGUUUAUGGUUACUGAAGUAAAUGAUAUGUGGCUGACCUAGUCUUUGUUGUAGUGUGUUCACAGUUUGUUUAACUUUUCAUUCAGAAUCAUGACAGAGAAGCCAAGAUACAGGUACAACAGCAGCAGCAGCCGCAGCAGCCAGCUCCAGGUCUCUCCAUUCUCAGCCCAGAACAGUUAUACUUACAACAGCAAACUGUGUCUUCUCUGUGUGCAUCAUCCAGUAACCACUCUUUACUACCAGGUUAGAAUUACAUGUAAUAUGGGUUACAGGGAAUCAUCAGCAUUCAUGCAAACUAGGAAUUUUCCACAAAUAGUGAAGUGGCAUGGACAAGUACCACAAAUAGUUUCCUUGCACACUGAGUAGCCCCAAAAUAUCCCCUACUAAUUCUGUUUUUUCUUAAGGACAUAUCCCAAUUUCCAACAUGUUUAGGCACAGAACCUAGAUUUUGACACCAAAGCAAGGCUUAGGGAAAUGGAAGGAAACUUGAAUGCAGAUUCCAAAAAAAGCACACCAUCACUGUUGCUGGCCCAAAUUUCAGUAAAAAUGCAAUUUUGAUUUACAAAUCUGUGAUUAAAAAUUGAACAUUCAAAUUUAGGGCUAAAACACAGGAAAGUGGAACAGAUAAGCACAAUAUCCGUUAUUUAAAUAUUUUGUCUCUUUUCCUUUUAUUUAGACUUCCCACUUUCAAUUGAAACUUCUUUCCAGCAUGAUGUUGCAAGGCAAGUUUUUUCUUGAAUUAAAUUCCCUUUAACCUGUAGUGUAUCCUGAUGAUUAUGUCUUAGUCAAUAACUAUAAAGACACCCUCUUGCCCAUAGUGGAAAGAUAAGAAAAAUUUUAUUUAAUCAGGUAAAAACAAUAGCACUUUAAAGAGAUUUCCGAAAUUUGAUUGAGUGCAAGAAUUUCCAACAGUCCUUUUCAGGACUUGUAAAUUGACCAGAACCUUUUAGGAUGAAAUCUGCUAUAUGUAAAUCAUGCAGCCAGCUAAUUAGUGUUUUGAACAAGAUUGGUCAAUCCAAUUAUUUGUUUUGAGUCUAGACUAAACAUUUUGUUGCAGUAAUUCACUGUAUCUGAUUGGAUGAGAAAAAAAAUAGGCCUUGAGUAUUGUCAAGGUAUGUCCCCCUUACUGCUCCUUUUUGUUGUACAGAUUUGUUUGUACCAACUAUGUUUAAACCCUUUUUUUUUCCUCAGCUGGUUAGAUCAGUCAGCUCUAUACACAGCUCAGCUAGUACAAACAAAUACAUGGCCCCAUCAAAGUAAGUUACUCAGAUAUAUACAUUGCAAAUUUUACUCCACAGAAUUCAUUCAACAUUAAGAGUAUUUAAUAUGAAAUUGUAUCAUAGACAGAAUUUUGAGAUGGCAGAGAAUUACCAAACUUUUGAAAACUGUCUUUAAGUGCUUAAUGUCACUUACGAGGUAUAGUGUAAACACUCUUUUAGACAAUUAUAGAUAUCUUUAAUGGACUCAUUGAUACACUUUUCCUUAUCCCUUGAUUAUUACAGUAACAGUAACCUCUGCUUAAAAAUGAUAGUGUUGCUUUUCUCCAUUGACUAGACAAUUCAGAUUUACAUGCAAAUCCAUCUUUGGAUGCUGAUGAACUGGAUUUGAUAGAAGAAAUAAAUCAAGAGUUGGACCUAGAUGCACCCAACAGUCAAUUUGAUUUUCAUAUCAAGAGGUAAUCAUUUUGUUGGUCUUUUAUAGUUGAUUCAUAGAAAGUAAUAAGUAAAUGUGUAUUGUACAUGUCAUGCACAAGGACCAUCAAAUAUCUAGGUUUCUACUGGAGGAAACCCAGCCUCUGUUUUUCAACAUUCUAACAUGCAUGAAGAGUCCUUAUGGCCUUUGCCAAUGUGAGCAAAAUAGCUUUAAACUUUUGGGUUCUCCACAUCAUUAUCUAAAUAUUAGUUAUCCGUAAUUUAAGAACUACUAAAUUCAUAUGAGAGGUACAACACAACACCAUGUUGUAGACCUUGUCAUCUGUAACAAGUCUAUGAUAUCACUUAGCUAAAAAGUACACCUUGUUGUUAAAGCAAUACAAGUCAGUAUUGUGGAGGAACUAUAUCUUUGUUGUGUAAUUAACAUUGCACUCCAUAAAAUUAUUUAAAAUAUUUGGACAACCCUUCAUUUAGAACCCUCACUUGGUAUGGUAAUUUUCAGCUAAGUUCAAACUGUCAGCAGUUUGUUUACUGUUUUUGUUUCAGGGUGCAGAUAACUCAUGAACAUUCACUUCACAUCAUCAAUUUUGAAAAUAAACCAUACCUCAUCAGUGCAGAAAUCUCAGCUCUGUUUUGGGAUAGUGAUUUGCUGAGAUCCAUGGUAAGUAAAUUUACCAGCCCCUUAGCCUAUCAUUAUUGAAUGCAUGACCAUUGUUUUAACCUUUUAACCUGCCAUAACUACAAACACAUCCAAGAGCUAUUGUUGUUGUUGGAGUAGUAUAGCUCAGUGAUUCUCAAAUGCAUUGUUAGUACAGCAACUCUUUAAAUGCAACUUGCUGCAGUGAGCAUAACUGUAGGACUUGUACUGCCAUUACUUUGUGUUACAUCCAUGUUAGAUAAGUAUGUUAAUUCUUUAUUAACUAAUUUCAUUCUAUUUUAGCUUCGCCAGAAAAAGAAAAUUGUUGCUAAGGUGGUUGUGUCUAGUUCUGAAAAUAAGGAAUUAUUUGAAGCUCUUAUCAGGUUAGAAAAGAAUGUGAAGAAUGUUUUGCUUUUCCUUCACCUUCUUAGUAUUGUGGUUCUGGUAAGCUUGAUACCAGAUUAACUGGUGGCAUAUGUUUGGGGGUGAUGGCUUUAAGGGCUACAGUUAAAAAUUUGGCCAUUUUAUGGCUAACAGUUUAUUUCUUUUGAUUAUGGUUAAAUACAGAAUUUAGAAAUCAACAUCUUUUUUUUUUCAGUAAUGGUUAAAAUUGUCCAUUUUUAUGCCUCACUGCUAAUUUAUUUUUUCUGUUUUUCAACGAAUGGUUAAGCUUGCUGAGACCCUCAUGAAUAGCCACUUGAUAUUCAAAUAUGUCACUCAAUAUGCUGAAGACAGAUGUUACUUUUAAAACAUUAUGUUGGAGUUUGAAUUUGUUUUAUCAUCUCAAUUUUGAAUUCAUUUCUUUUACUCAAUGAUGUAAUGUUGCAUUUUAGAUGGAAAGUUCCAGGUGUUAUGGAUGGAGAUGAACCAAGAAGUUUUGUCACACUUUAUGAAUUUGAGGGGUACAUUUAUAUGCCUUUUUUUGUAUGGCAUUUCUUUUUCUUUCAAUUACUGUUUUUUGUCAACUGUCUUGAUUGAUGGGCUGUUUAUUACAGUACAUGGUAUGUUUUUCUAAUUAAUACUUUCUUCUGGCACAACUUUAUUAGGCUUGAAGCAAAAUUAAUUAAGCAAAUAAAGCAUAAUGAGUUUUCUGAUUGUUUUUUAGGCUUCCAGAGAUUUUCAAAAUCUUUGACCAUCAUUCAGAGGAUCUAUUGUCAAGUUUGUUAGAGGAAAUAGAAUGUUUCAAGAAGGAAGGCAAAAACUACUGGACUUCAAAGGUCUUGUUUCAAGUGAUAUUGUUAACUUAUUUAAUAUUUUAUUGGUUGAUGUAAGCACGACUACUGCAUUUCACUUGCUUUUUCCAAACCCUCCGCCUUUUCAGAGCUCACUCUCUGUAUCCAACCAUAUCCACUUUACAAAUAAUUAAAGUAUAUUGAUCAGGAUCCUACAAAAUGAAUGCUGAAAGAAGAAGCUGAUCUUUAGUACACUUCAUCCUAACAACUUCAAUAAGGACAUUGUAAUAGAAAUUUCAGUUCAGUGGAUGCCCACAUUUCAAAACAGAAGGGCAGGAGAACCAGAAGGUAGUAUUUUAUCAAUGGAACAAAUUGCUCAAAGAGCUAGGAUUGAACUGUACUGUUAGUGCUGUUAGGCCAUCAACUAAAGUGCAACUGCCUUUUUUUUUCCACACAGAAGGAGGAACAGCUUUGCUCUGAAGGAGGAAGCAGUUCUGAGGAUCAAUUUUCUGAAAGUGAACUGGGCAUUGAUGAAAUUCAGCUUCUUUUGCAAGCUAUGCAGUUUAGGAGGUUUGUAAAAAACAGAUUUCUUAAUAGUUUUUUAGAUGGGGUGAACAAUAGCACUUGAUAUGAAAUUCAGACAGACAGUGUUAGGGCAGAACAAGUAUAAUGGUUGAUUUUGAAAUUUAAUAACAAAGUAUGUGGUUUACUUACUUCCUAGGAAGCGCAUUCUUCAGGGGCUGAUGUAUGGUUGUUCCACUGGUGGCAGUGUUGAUGAACUGCAGGAGGUGGAAUUAAAGAUUGAGUUACUGCAACAGGAAGUACAGCAUAAACUAAAGAACUCAAUAUAGAACUAAGGGGGUAAGUUUCUAAAGAAACUGAUACUAUGUCUGUGGGAGAGUAUAACAGGGUAAUUAGGUAUUGUCAACUGAGUUGAUAACAUAAAUUGGCCACCAUAGAGUUUAAAAGCUUAAACUCUUUAUGGUGGUCAAUUUACAUUAACAACUGGGUUGAUAAUACUAAAUUACCCUCAACAUAGAACUAGUAAGUAUGCAACAGAUAUAGUUAACAACUUCAGAAGCUUCCUACUUCCUCACCUCAAAGUCAAGGUAAAAAAGUCCAUUCCAUAAUUAUGCUAUGCAAAUGGCUCUACCAUGGUGGUGUUAUUCCAGAGAGCCUGAGUUUUAGUAAAUAUUAGUAAGUAUUAGAUUUGUAUUUGUGCUAAGCAUUUAAGAAAAGCUUCUCUACUGAAGGAAUUUGUACUGUUAACAGUGUUCAUCAAAAUUAGGAGACAAUGUAAAGAGAAAAUGGUGACUUGCUCUUUGGCUUUCAUCAGUCUGGAAUAAGUCCCCUUUUGGAAAGCCUUAGGUCAACCAUGGUAUAAUUACUCAAUAGAAAUUGUCUUUUAAGGCAAUACAACUGGGAAAUAUUGUGUUUGUCAAGUGCCAGCUUUUGUGAAAGCUUAAUGAUCACUUUAUUUGUAAAGACUCACAACAGGCUAACUGACCCAGAGUGCUUCUUUGGCCAACCUGAGAGUUGGUGUGAUUUGGGCCUUUAAGGAGCAGGUACUCAAGGCAAAUUUUAGCAAUUUCUUACCCCUCUCUCAAAAACAACAAAAAUCAGAAUCUCUGCACUGGGCACACUGAGCCAUUUUCUCCAAUUAUUGCAAUGGGUGUUUAGAAUAACCUAGUUUGUUAUCAGCUUAAGGCUCAGGCUCUUUCAAACUUUGCAUUAAUUUAUCCAUAUCAAUUACCAGUAUGUCGGUAUUAAGAACAGAAGAAAAUUAAGGUGGCAGUAUAGCCAAGUGAUUAGGUGCUGGACUUGUAACCUGGUGGUCCCAGGUUAAAGUCCUCCACCCUGUCACUCACAGGAUUUAUUCUUGGCUGCUCCUGUGUGAAUAGCCAACUGGUCUGCCUCCUUCCAGUUGGGAUUGCUGAGCACUUUGUGUUGAUUUAAAAUAUUUGUUUCUCUCUCUUUCAGAUUGUAAAGUGCUUAGAAGCUUGCAGCCAGGGCUAUAUAAAUUGUAAUCUCAAUGCUUACAGAUGACUGCAAGACUGACGACUGGUGGACAUGCAAAUUAAACCGGUGAACAGUGUGCACUGCACGAUUAUUGAAUUCUGAUAAAGAUAACUUCUAAGAAAGAGCACUCUGUUGCAUUAUAUGUUUCUACAAAUCUAAAAGGCAGCGGACAAAGGCUUAUAGGGAACUUUGAGUUCUGUUUAAACCAGUACCUGUGUUUUACAAGAAAACCAAGAUGACCCAUUACUGAAGAAUACUCACAAUCGUAUUACUGAUAUCUGAAAUUAGAUGUACAAUACAGUCUACUUAACUAAAUCAACUAGUAAUAAACAAAACAAUCAAAGAGCAAAGCGAGAAUAAUUGGUAACAGGUAAGCACCAAAUCACAGGAACAUGUCUGAAAAUACAGUUCUCUGGCAAAAACUAAGCUACUUCAAAUUGGACUAAACAUAUCAUAUCACGUUUCCAGUUGGGCGCAUACAAGGUUGUCAAAAGAUCCUUAAUUGUUCAUUUUCUACAUAGUUCAAUUAUUACAUUCAUAUUAACAACCUGUUUUUAAGAACUUUCAAUAGCUUUUAAUGCAAACACGUUUUUUGGCAAAAUGAAGGAUCAUAGAUGUAUGUAUUUGCUAUAGACACACAAUAUAUUAAGUUUGAGAGUUUAAAAUACCAGAGGUUUUUUUUUCAAAAUUAUUAUUAGUGGCAGUUUUUGGAGCCACAUAAUGUCCUUUAUUUGGGCAAAGAAAAGCAUCAAUGGCCUCUUCACAACUUGAGAACUUAUUUAAAAAAUGAUUAAUUACAAAUUCCCAUUUGUUUUAAUAUGAAAUCGGCUGGAAUUGACAGAUAGUUUAAGAUUUUCAAAAAGCUUUAAAGAUUGUUAUUUUUUUUCCCUAUAAAGAAUUUUUGGGAGCUUAACACGCUGAUGCGUGGCUCCUUAGUAAUGAUAAUUCAUACUUACAGAGACAUUGUUUAUGUUUUGGAAUACAUAUUUCAAAAUUUUGAUUAUU